CGCACAGAUACGAUCACGAGAUACGCUUUCGAUCUUGUUUGAUUACCAGUUUGCACUUUUUUGCAAGAUUUUUACUUCAUUGCAUUGAAUAUCACUAUACAGAAGAUGAUACAAACUACACAGAUGCUUACAGUUCUCGGAACUAUAUGCCUCUUAUGUGUCAAUGGUAGUACUUCGUUUGCUGAUGAGAAGUUUUCUCCGCACUGCAUAGAACCGAUGAAAUAUAUUAUAAAUAUUUCUGCGGAAGUACAAAACAAUUCUCUGAUUGUUGAUUCUCUUGUUAAACUGAACGUUCAGUGUCCACUGCAAAACAUAAACGUUUAUUUUGGACGUUACUGUGAAGAACCGAAAAUUAACAUCAUGACUAAUGUUUCUUCUAAUUAUCCAUCUUUAUUUUGGGAAACAAAAGUUUUGCCAUUUUUUCCGGACGAUCGAUUUAAAACCUUGAACAUCAGCUUCAUUAACCAUAAUAAGGAACUCUUUAGAAUACAACAACGAAUAGUAAAUGUACAACGUGGACUGUGGAUAUCUGCAAAAUAUAAUUGCAGUUUAGAUAAAGUUAUGAGAAUUUAUCCAUUUAUUGAUGAAACUGAAAUAGAAAAAUAUUUGAUAUUACCGCGUAUUCCCGCUGAAUGGAUAUUCUUAUGUUGGAAAAAUCUCGCAACUAAGGCUGCAUUUACUAUUCGAAUCAAGCAUACCAGUAGUGAAACAGCUUUUUCAAAUAUACGUAAUAACUCAGUGGAAAAUUCUCAAGUUUAUACUUUAUUCCGUACACCUUUAAUAUCCACUUUUGCUGUAGCAACAGUAGUCGUACCUUCUGAAUGUACCAACUUUACUCUCAAAUCAGAUACACUUAUCAUACAGAGCAGAUUACAAGUGGAAAACGACAUUUUAUACGCACGACUUCUUAUACGUCAUAUUACGAUCUUUCUUAGACUCAAGAAAAGGGACGUUACACCAAUCUCACAUGUGCAGUAUAUAGCUCUUCCAACAAACUACAGCUACGAAACUAUAAUAACUACUGGACUUGUUCUUUUCAGAGACGCCGAUAUUGCAUACAAUAAAGAAAGUGAUUCGUUUAGAAAAAAAAUAGAAGUAACAUGUUUGGUUGCACGCAGUGUGAUACAAGAAGCGUUCAGUAAUUGGUUAAUUACAAUUAAACAGUCUGAUUCUUGGUUCAUUGAAGGAUUUUUGACAUUUUACGGAGUUUAUGUAGUCGAUCAGAUUUACAAUGAGACUUUACUAAUGUCACUUGUGGUUCAGACACGACGAAUAAUUUUUGAAUAUACACAAGCAUUUACUGAAUUUUAUUAUUUAAUACAAGAUAAUCCAUUUCUCAAAACCGAAACUUUUGAUAAAAUGUGGAAACAAAGAGGAUUUAUUAUUUUCUAUAUGAUGAAUAAUUUAUUCAGUUUUAAAAAUGUUCUAAACGACCUUAUUUUUGAGAAAGCGAUAAAUUUGUAUAACACUAGUACAUCAAGUCAGACAUAUAAGGAACAUUUUACUCUUGAUAAUAUAUGGAACAAUAUAAUGUUUGUGCCAACCAUAUAUAACACUAUCUAUUUGAAGAAUAUAAAUAUAACAAAUGUGAUAACUUCAUGGAUAACACAAUAUGGUUAUCCUAUAGUACAAGUAAAACGGAAGGAUACACAACUUCUAGAAAUUAUGAUUCAAGAUUGUGUUACGCUUACACAAAAGAACAUGUGUGCAUACAAGUGGUGGAUACCUAUAAUCUACGUAAAAAUAUCAAGAAAAACGUUUAGUACUAAUUAUGCGUACGUAAAACCAGACGGAAAAAGUAUUUUUCUUGCGAAUAUUGAAGAAGAUGAUUUUAUCAUAAUCACGGAGCCAAAUGGAUAUCGUGUCAACUAUGAUCGUAAAUCUUUGGAAAAUAUUGCUCUCUUUCUAAAAAGUGAAAAAUCUGACAUUUGGAAUGCAUCUAAUUUAACUGACGUCACUUUAGCACAACUUCUUGACGAUGCGUUUUAUUUUUUAAUACAAAAUACAAAGUAUACUUUACCUCCUGCUGCAAAUAGUGAAAAGUUAGACAUAUUUUUCAAUCUUGCAAGCAAUGUAGUUCGCGGAAAGAAUUCAUACAUAGUGUGGCAUUCCAUAUUUACAACUCUUCAAUACAUAUCAAAGAUUUUUCCCAUACCGGAAAGCGCAAAGAUCAAGAGUAAAGUUCUGGAAAUAUUGAAUAGUUUUCUGGAAGAUAUAUCACAUAAAAAUGUUUCCGAGAAUACUGUCAGUAAUCAAGUAUAUUACGAAGUUUUAAAAUGGACAUGCAUUCUUGGUGGCUUACGGUGCAAAGAACAUAUUAAUGCUAUAGUACACAGUGGCAUUUAG